AAUCAACAAAAAAUAAGAGCUAUGGCAAAGUACACUACUUUUCUCGCCCUCCUCUUUUGCCUCUUCCUUGUUGCUGCAACUGAAAUACAAAUGGCAGAAGGGAAAUACUGUUGGAAAAAGAGUGACAAGUGGAAUGGACCUUGUCAAUACUCUUACAAAUGUAGUUAUCAUUGCAAACACUACUAUGGAGCUAAAUACGGUAUUUGUAAGAAGUACAAACCAUGGGGUCACAAAUAUUACUGGGCAAAAUAUGCUUGCUACUGCUACUCACCUUGCCAUUACUAAGAAACUUUCAACAUCUCAUCUAUGUAAACAAAUAAUUAUGAUGCUGCCUAUUUUAUGUAUGUGACAAUGUAAUAAGGCUGAUUUAUGUGUGUAA